GAUGUUCUAUCUUUAACACUGUACUACCCCAUUAACCUACAACAUGAAGAAUCAUCUUCUUAUUGUUGUCGCUUUCCUGUUAACAGGAAACAUAUUGGAAGUGAUUACAUAUCGACUGCAGACUUCAAAGGUACAAGAGCACGUGGACAAUGCUUCAAAUGACACUUCUUUGAGUGCUGGUGAUUGGCUGGACUUGGCUAAAGAUGUAAGCGAGUUUUUGGGCAAGUUUGAUGAGGCAAGCGUUAUCAUUGACGCAAUUCUAGACAGCAACAUCCUUGGUGUUAUAGGUAAUUUGGGCCCUCUUUUUUCGGUCGCCGGAGCAAUUGUUGGGCUUAUUUUCGGAGGUCAGGAAAGUGCAGAGAUGAAGUUCAUGAAGGAACAAUUCGGGAAAGUUCACAAUAAACUGGAAAUCAUCUCUGAUCAAAUCAAGGACCUGGAGUAUAUAAUAGAUCAAUCAACAGUUGACAUGCAGUUUUUCAAUUCAGAAGAAAACAUCAAACACCAGAUUCGGUAUUUAAAUGAGUACAUGAGGCACGGUGUUGAAGGCGAAAGCAAAGAGCGAGAUGAUUUUAUCCGUAGGUUCCAACAGGCUGGGGAAGACAGGAACAUUUAUACUUUAUACAAUGGAAUCAUGGGAAGAGGUUCGAUUUUCACGCGUCCUAUUCUGAAAACGGUAAGGGAUAAGACUGAAUGCUACAGGAAACAGGUGGAAGCGAUGGGCGGUCGCUUGGUGGAGCUACUGACUGCUGGAGUCAUGACUUACAUAUCUUACACAAAGAUAUCUGGAGGGAAAACGGAACCAAUUCAAAAAGAUUGGGAAGAAAGACUGAAAGAUGUAAAUGAAGUCAUCAAUGAACACCUAGAAUAUUGUAAAAGCAACUAUAGAACGUUCGCUGUCAAGGAUCUGGAGAAGAUCAUGAGAGAAAAGGAAGCCGGCUCAAAUAAAGAUGUCGUUGUCGCCUUACUUGAUUUGCUUGGCGAUAAGUACGACUGGUUGUAUUGGAUGGUAGUUGUGUAUGAUCCUGUUUCUAGCUUUGAAAACCACGUUGUUGGAGGUAGUUCGUACGUUCACCAAUUCAGAGUUGCAAACAAAAACGCAAUCGCUAUGAACAGACCGAGAGAUGCUGUCGGGUCUCUUGACCACUCCCAUGUAAGGGAAUUGAUGAAUUUGCCUAACAGGCCUCGAAAAAAUGCCCAUAAUGUUUAUGAUAUGCUACGUAAUUUCGGUAUACCUGGAGAAAUUCACGUCGUGAGACGCGGUAAUGGCAUAUGGGCCACGUGGAAUGCUCCAUCCGAUCGAGUUUAUUUUUCUGCUGUUGAAUACAGUGACGUGUCAGUCAGUGUUCUUGUUUGAUUUUAAGAAUACUGUAUUCUUUUUCUGAUUAAAUAUAUUAAAACACAUAUUAUUUUUGA